CACAUAACAAGCAUUUAAAAUGACAGAUACAGAAGUGACACUUGAUGAUGAACUUCUGUUAGAAGACACGACUCCUUUUUGGAAAAAGAGACGAAAUCAUCUUGCACUUCUCGUAUUUAUUGGCUUCGUGAUUAUCUACACAUUAAGGUUUCUUCUUAGUGUAGGAAUUAUUGCCAUGCUUGAAGAUACUGAGAUAGAUUGGGGUUCAUUUCAGACUGGUUUAAUUUUAGGUUCAUUUUUCUAUGAAUAUAUAGCAACUCAAAUAAUUGGAGGAGUUGCUAUCGCAUUCCUACCUGAUUACCUUGUACUUGGAAUAGGAAUCUUGAUAACGUCAGUAUUAACAAUAGCUUCGCCAGUUAUUGUGACUGCAAGUUUCUUAGGAUUCUUUGCUCUUCGUGUAAUUAUUGGCUUAGUUGAAGGAUUUGCUUUGCCUAGCAUGAAUAAUAUUUGGACACAUUGGGCUCCACCUUUGGAACGUACACGCCUGAUUGGAGUUCAACAUGCUGGAAAAUACAUCGGCACAGUUCUUUCACUUUGUACGUGUGGUAUUAUAGCCAUCAAUUAUGAAUGGAGCACUGUAUUUUAUAUUUACGGAGGUCUAGGCUGUCUUUGGGCUAUCGUGUGGAUUGUACUUGUUCGUGGAAGUCCUGAAAAGGAUUGGUUUAUUAGUGAUGAAGAAAAACAUUUUAUUGAGUCAACGUUGCCCAAAAAUGAUCCAACUAAGAAGACAAAGAUUCCAAUGAAAGCAAUUCUUACAUCUAUGCCUGUAUGGGCUAUAAUUGUUGCACAUUUCACAGAAAACUGGGGACUAUUUACUAUGCUGACACAAUUGCCUUUGUUUUUACAUCAUGAAUUUGAAUUUCCAAUCACUCAAUCUGGAUAUGUAUCAGCAAUUCCUUACCUUGUCUUUGGUUUAACACUUUUUAUCGCUGGAUUCCUUGCUGACUUUUUUCAAGAGCGAAAAAUGUUAUCAACUUCUCAAGUUCGUCGAUAUUUCAGUUGUAUAUCAUUCUUAUCACAAGGCAUUUUUAUGCUUUUCGUAGCUUAUGUGGCCAAUGCAUUUUUGGUCAUGACGUUCAUAUCUUUUGGAGCUGCUCUAGGAGCACUUUCUACCUGUGGCUACGCAAUGAAUCAUUUGGAUAUAGCACCACAAUUUUCAUCAUUUGUAAGAGGAAUCAGCAGUACAAUAGGUACGAUUCCAGGUAUUGUUGCACCUUUAGUUGCAGGCUUGAUUGUAAAUAUUCCAGCAGCUAAAGAUCAACAUCCAACAACUACAAAAGAAAUUCUAAUAGAACCAGAAAAUGACGAUCCAAAAUAUGAAGAUGCAGUAAUUCAGCAUGUAAAUCAAUGGAAGAAUGUCUUUAUAGUUACGGCACACGUUUAUUUUCUCGGAUGUAUUUUUUACUGGUUCUAUUCAUCAGGAGAAGUACAGCCAUGGGCAAUAUUACCAGAAGAUGCAACUGGAAUCAGUAAUGUGACAGACAUUGAAAGUAAUAAAGCAGAUACAGAAGAAAAUAUUGAGAGACCAGCUAGAAGAAGAAACAAAAAUGGUCAAUCAAAAAAAGGAGCUAAACAAGAUAGCUUAAAACAGCCGAAUGUACACAAAAGUUCAACUAAAAAUAGUCACAAAAGUCCAGCUAGAUCCAAAGAUAACAGAAAAAAUAAAAUCAAAAACGACACAAGCAGUGAAGCCUUAAAAAUUGGGGCUAGAUUACUUAAAAUGUACGAUCGAUUUGCAAAUUAUUUGUCAAGGAUGUUUAGAUAUUAACUUACCAAAGAGGCUCAUGAAUAAUAAAGUACCAAAAAUUCUCACAAUGAAAAUGGGUUGCUUGCUGUUGCAGCAUCAAUUAAAAAUCUAUAGUGACUUCCGACGUAAGUGAAACAUUAGAAAAAUUUAAAUAAAACAAAAUUGCAGUCACCAGAAGUUCAAAAUAAUCCAACAAGAUCACCAAAAACACGAGCAGAAGUUAAACAAAAACAAAAGCGUGCAAAAACGGGUUUUGUAUUAAUGAACUGAAUAAGCAGUAGAUACAAAAUUAGCAUGUGACGGUGAAGAGCC